GUACUACUACGACAAAAACAUAAUGUCCAAGGUGCACGGCAAGAGGUACGCAUACAAGUUCGACUUCCACGGGCUGAUGGCCGCGUGUCAGGCCCAAGCCCAGGGUCAGGGUGACGUUAUGCCCCCUUACCACAAGUACCAACCGCACCAGAGCGAGCUAGGGGCAGCGUUAUAUCCCACAACUCACACGGCUAACCCUAGGAUACCCAGCAUCCUACCAGCCACCACGCAACAUUCGCAACCUGGGUUGUUUGCACCGCCAAGUUACUGGCCGUACUCCCCGGGAAGCUUCGAUCCUCGGGGGCCCCCUUUCAACUGAUUUGUAUGUAAAAAUGUACAUGGUUUGGUUUGCGGCAGAUGUAAUAGAGGUUUUACACAUUUUAAAGUGUAGCGAAACUGAAUUCAGGUCCUGUAUACCAGAGAAUAUAAACUAAGCUAGUACGAAUAUGUGUCCCUAAGUAUCAAUCUCCAAAUACGAAAGUAGGAAUUAGGCCUAGGGCCCUUGUGGGAUCGGUCGACU